AUGUCUCCAAAUUCACCAGACAGAAAAUCCGGAAGCCCAAAAAGAUCACCACCGCCAGUUCUGCCCAAGCGGCCGCGCCCACUGAGCCUCCCGGACCAAGCUCUCAAGCAUGUUAUCAUGAAGAUGCAGCUCCAGAACCACUUGAACUCCCUCUCUCCCUCCACCGCCUCGCCGUCUCCCCACUCCGAGCCCGACCUCUCCUCCGCCUUCAAUUCCCUUACCCUUGACCCGCCUGCACCCGAUUCCACCUCCCUCCUGUCCGACAAGCUCCUCCUCCGCAUCUUCUCCAAGCUCCCCAUUUCCCACUACCUCCCCAACUCCCUCGUCUGCAAGCGGUGGCUGUACCUCCACGGCCGGCUGGUGAAUUCCGUGAAGCUUUUCGAUUGGGGGUUUUUGGACUCGGGUCGGGUUUUCGCCCGGUUCCCGAAUCUGGACGAUGUCGAUAUUGUUCAUGCCUGCAUUCGGUCCCCUAGGAAUUCGGGGAUUCUGGUGACCAGGAAGGCUUUGACUGUUCAUAUCGACUCGCUUUUUAGCCCCAAUGGAUUCAUUGAGGAGAGCGAUGUGUUGAAGAACAGUGUUGUGGACCAUGGGCUGAGAUUGAUCGCUCAAUCGUACCCGAAUUUGCGGCGAAUUGCGGUUAUCGGCGCCAGUGAAAAUGGGUUGGUGAGGAUUGCUGAGGAGUGUCAGAUAUUGCAGGAAUUGGAGCUGCAUUGUUGUGGGGACUUGGCGUUGAAGGGAAUUAGUGGGUGUAGGAACUUGCAGAUUGUGAAACUGAUUGGUUCUGUUGAUGGGUUUUACAGGGCUGUGAUUUCGGAUAUCGGGUUGACGAUUUUAGCUCAGGGGUGUAGGAGGUUAGUGAAGCUUGAGCUCUGUGGGUGUGAAGGGAGCUAUGAUGGGAUUAAGGCAAUCGGGCAGUGCUGCCAAAUGCUUGAGGAAUUGACUCUCAGUGAUCAUAGGAUGGAUGGUGGCUGGUUGGCUGCUCUGCCCUUUUGUGGGAAUUUGAAGACUUUGAUGCUUCAGUCUUGCAAGAGCAUUGACUCAAGCCCUGGCCCCGAUGAGCAUUUGGGGUCUUGUCCCACCAUCGAGGAGUUGCUUUUGCGGCGGUGUCAGGUGCGGGAUCAGCAUGCUGUGAGAUCUUUGUUCAUGGUGUGUGAGGCUGUUAGGGAUAUUGUUUUGCAGGAUUGUUGGGGAUUGGUGGAUGAAGUAUUCGCAUUCGCUAGCAUUUGUAGGAGGGUGAAGCUGGUUGCUCUAGAAGGAUGCUCACUGCUGACAACAGGAGGUCUGGAGUCGGUACUCCUUUGCUGGAAAGAGCUUCAAAGGCUUCGAGUAGUAUCAUGUAACAAUGUAACGGACAGUGAAAUUACUCCUGCCUUAGCAACCUUAUUUUCUGUUCUUAAAGAGUUGACAUGGCGACCGAAUUCCAAAGCUCUCUUAUCAGCAAGUCUUGCAGAGGCUGGAGUGGGAAUGAAAGGUGGUAGGUUUUUCAAGAGAUUAAAGCCUUGACUCCACUGCUUGACCUGUUCAGUGAGCAUCCUCAUAUUGGGCAGCUGUUCAGUGUUUGGAUCAACACAGAAAAUAGAUAGAUUGAAAUGUUAUUUAGAUGUUCAGCAUUGUGAUGAUCGAGGGGUCAUUUGCUUCCUUGCCCACAGAAACCAUACCGAGUGCAGGUCAGUGUCAAGUUGUCGGUGUUAUUUAAGACUAGUCCUGUUUCUCUGAUAUUCAGCAAGGUUAGACGUGCUAGUUUGGUCAUUUUAAAUAGCUGUACUGACUUGCUAGGAGUUAAGAGUAAGCAAACACAUGGGUAGAGUUUAUCAACUCUUUCGACAUCGUCGAUAUGUAACAAUGUAACAUUUACUAGGAAUGAACUUCUUUUACCUCAAAGUGUAGUGGCAUUAUGCGUGUUCAUUGUGUUCUCAUGCAACUGUUAUGGGAUUAUUUUUCGUCA